UUUAAGUAGUUGUUCGUUAGCAACGGGAAGACCACAUCGUGCUUCCCUACAUCUUUUCUUGGUUACGUUCCACACAAACCGCCAUCACGUUAAACUUCACGGAAUUCUCGACCCCCUACCCGAACAUGACGGGUACGGUGGAUGGCCUUGAUCAGGACGUGGCUAAUAAGUCUGUUUUCAUGGAAUUACAGCAGCAAGGGCUGACCGCCAUGCAACACCAUGCCCAGCCCUACCAGAUACGGUCCUCGUAUCCUAGCCAUCAGGCGCCGCAGCACGAUGCGGCCUUCCCCGGCAGCCAACAUGCUAGGUCGCUGGGCGCUUACCAAUUCGCCAUGAACAACAAUCCUCUGAACAGUGGUCUUCACAACACUUACACCCAUCCGAGCCAUCACUACCUGGGGUCCUACCCGCCGAACGUAACAAGCUGUGGUCCUCCAUGUCCUCCAUCACCCAGAGACGACAAAAAACAGUUAGAAGACUCACUACGGGUAAAUGGGAAAGAAAAAAAGAUGAGAAAACCCAGAACCAUCUAUUCCAGUCUUCAGCUGCAACAGCUCAACAGGAGGUUCCAAAGAACGCAGUAUCUAGCCCUGCCAGAAAGAGCCGAACUUGCCGCAUCCCUAGGCCUAACUCAGACACAGGUCAAAAUCUGGUUUCAAAAUAAAAGGUCCAAGUGCAAAAAAAUGUUGAAAGCCCAGCAACAAGCAACGGGCCAACAACCAGGCCAGGGACAUCAACCACAGCAUCCCAACCAGCCCCCAGUACUGCCACCUCCUAAUCCCGCCAUCACACCACAGACUCCGACGGAGCCACCAGAUACACACAGUCCAGGAAGCGCCGGGCAACCAGGUCUGCUGCCCCCUAAUAGCAGUAGUCCGGCGGUUAGCAGCCUAGCGGCGGUCAGCCCGCCCGCCAUGAGUCCACCGAUCAGCUCGUGGGACAUAAACCCUGGCAAGCCGGUCAUGAGUCUAACCAAUAACUAUAUGCCUCAAUACUGGUACCAUCAAGCUGAGCCUAGUGUGAACCACCAAAUUCUCACCUAAUUCUGAUGAUGUUAUUUUUUCCAGCACGUGUAGCCGGCCCUUCUUCUCGGCUAAGGCCGUGAGUCCGUGGCUUUCGGUAUUCAGGUCGUAGACAAGUUGCCGCCCCCGCUAACAGGCCUCGGGGAUAUAGGGCCAACAUAAUAUCCAAAGAUCAAUUAUUGUGUAUAUUAAUGUCUUCUGUAAUAUCUCCUCGUGUUAAAGGGAGCUCAGAUUCCCGGUCCUCUGCUCUGGUCGCUGUUCUCCAGACUGUCUGGUUUUGUACAUAGGGUUCAGUCCACCACGAGACGGGAGAUGGCUUGCGACCUAUGUACAUAGCGUGCCCUUUUGUAGAACAGCCCUUGUUUAUUUUAAGGACUCAGUUGAUUGUACCUAGCGGUCUUAUAUGUAAACUUCUUCAAUUUAUUUUAUUUAUGGACAGGUGUGUUAAUGACCAGAAAGUAAACUAUUGCUUGCUGUCCGUUAGGUUUGUUGUACAAUAAUAUAAGCUAGAAAGGCUGUGGGGUUGAAAGUGCCAGUGUCCUGGCGAGUUAAAUUUAAAUCAAAUAAAAGACUGUCUCAGAAACCAAAUGUUCAAACCAUUAUGAUUUUGGCGUGAAUAAAAUUAAUGGAAAACUGAAAAAACUACGACCCUCAGGUAGUCUUUAUCAACCAGUACCAUACUCAACAUCUUUCCUGUGAUUAGAGUCUGUAAUAUUAUCCUGCCACCAUAUUAAGUCUAUUGUCUAAGUAAUGUUUUUUUUUUUCAUAUCAACGUUUCAUUCACGAGAGCAUCCAUUCGGGAUAUUUGUGUAUAUUUUACAGGGCUCGUCAAUAAACCAUCUUUCACAAAAAAUG